AGAGGGAGAGUGAGGGGGGAGGGAGGUAGGAAGGAGGUGGGGAUUGAGGGGAAAUGAAUCGCGAGCUGCAAGAGUAUUAGCUGUCAGCGUCCUAAGCUGCCCGGUCGAGAUCUCAUUGAAGCGCUGUGUUGGUGCUACUCUCUGAGCCCCAGGAUGAAGGGGCUGCAGCGGCAACGUCUACCCGGAGCUUGAGCUGCCUUCGUAGGCAUUCUUCUUCCUCAUCCUCCCCCUCACCCCUCUCCCCCUCCCAACCUCUCUCUUUCUUCUGGUCCCCCAGCCAGCCAGCCCUCGUUCUCCCUCUGCAGUGCAAGUGGACAUCAGACUCACGGCGUAGCUGCCCCUGCUCCCGCACCCCCCCCCCCCCCCCCGCACCCUACGCUUGUGAUUCGCCGUGGCAACCAUGGACGGACUGCGCCUGCCACCGGUUAUCGAGGAGGUCAUGGAUCCUUCUGGUGACGUCUGCGACCUGAGGGUGGAGAGGCCGGGGAUGGAGGGAGGCCUGACGGCCAAAGAGAGGGAGUCCCUGGAGGAGAAGGAGGAGAAGGAGGUGAAGGUGGUGGGACCCGGAGAGAAGGGCCAGCAGGAGGAGGCGGGCGAGGAGAAGGAGGUGAAGGCGGCGAAGGCGGCGGAGGCGGCGGAGGAGGAGGACGGGGACGCCAGAGAGGAGGCGGGGGAGCGCCUGGUAGACGAGGAUGAGGAGGAGGAGCUGGAGGAGCUGAGGUCCCAUGUGCUUCAGCUGCUGUUGGAGCUGGACGAUACCGCUGAGAGCUUCACCCGACAGAUCCAGAAUCUCCAAGCCCAGCUGCGCUCCGUGCAGGAGGAGAUGGACAGCCUGGAGGAGGAGAAGGAGAGCGAGCUGGGCGAGGCGCAGGAGGAGCUGCGCUCGGCCCGGGAGGAGGUGCUGGUGCUGCAGCAGGCGGCGGACGAGGCGGCGGGCGAGCGGGAGAACGACAUCGCCUCGCUGCAGGAGGAGCUGUGCCGCAUGAGGGCGGAGCUGCAGCGGCUCCGCGGCACCGCCCAGGAGUACGAGCUGGAGAUCACCUCGCUGCGGGCCGAGAUCGGCAUGAAGAGCCAGCGGCGGGACGAGCACGGGGACGGUGAGGUGAGCCAACUGAAGAAGGAGUGUCGCUCCCUGACGGACGAGUGUCGGACCCUGAAGAACGACAACCAGCAGCUGAGCCGCCAACUGGAGCAGAGAGCCGGGUGAGUGGCCGAGCCACCUG